AGAGGGCGACACUGAUUCCAUAAAAUAAUUUGAAUGGUUUAACCUUGAAUAUGGAGCCGGUUUAACUGUUAAUUCCGUAAUUCUAUUGUAGUUUCUAAUAUUGUUUGGCAUUUUUAUCAAUUUGCUGAACGUUGUUACUUAAAGUGUAUGUUCGUUUAUAGUAAAUUACAAAAGUAUUGAUUAAUAAGAAAUACAGGAGGGUAACAUGGAACCGUCAAAAAUGAUACGUCGAACUAAAGACAUGCUUAAUGCCUCUGUAUGCGAACAGAGAGAAACAGGGAGAAGAAAUCUAGCAGACAUCAGUUAUCAAAGUUCUAGCCGUACCAGAUCAACGAUGCAUCCAUCAGAGUUUCUUCUGCCACACAAUCUUACAAAGACUCGUACAGUGGAACGAAUAUCGAUACGUACGCCUCAGGUUGACAAAAGUUUUGACGAUGAAGAUACAGAGAUGAAACUUUUGUACGACAAAUAUCUGCAAAGUCUGAUGGCAGAGAUUAUAUUUAAGCAGAAGAUGCAGAUGAAGGAGAAAUUAGCUGUAUCGCAAUUAGCAUCGCUGGCCAAGGAACUGGAUCACAACAAGCAGAAACUAUUCGAGCUACAAACCAGAGAGAGAGAUAUAAUACAUUUAAAUGCUUUGCAGAAUGAAAUAGACUUACAAACCGAAGAUGUAAAGAAAUAUAUUAAAUCCGAUUAUAUUCAGAAGAUAGAAAAUAUUUUAUCUCAAUUACAUAUUGUUUUAAAAGACUGCGAUGUACUACGCUGUGAUAAUGUGAUUCUACCGGAAACACCCUCGGAAUGGGAAGAAACAAUUCAAGCGCUAAAAUCUUGUUGCGAUACUUUAAAGUCUAUUAUGGUUAUAAUUGGGCCUCAUAUCGAUGCUUAUCUAUCUGUUAACGAAGACGUUAAAGAUUUUUUGAAUACUUACAAUACUAUCGAAGAUCAUCAUAAAAGAUUGGAGAAAGAAGUUAACCAGUUACAAGCUCUAGCACUGAAAACCGUAGCUCUAUCUUUAAUGUGAAGUUACAUAGAAAGGAACCGAAACAAGUAAAUUAAUUUCAAUAUCGAACAGUUAAGAAUUUAAGUGCAAUAAUACAUCAAAUAUUUCAUGCACUCGAUAAGAGCCUCAACGUCGUUCAUAAUGUGUUUAAUGCAAUAAGAUAUAAGUAGUUCUCGCUAUUUUUUAAUAACGAUUGUAUAUUUAUAAUAAAAUUUGAUCUGGAAUUUUUCCACAAAA